AUGGUGGGGAACGACUGGAUCACCAGCUACCUGGAGGCCAUCCUAGACGCGGGGGGCACCGCGGGGGACAUCUCGGCCGCCUCCGCCUCCUCCUCCGCGGCGCCCGGGGGCGGCGGCUCUGGGGCGGAGAAGAGGCGGGACAAGUCGUCGCUCAUGCUGCGGGAGCGCGGCCGCUUCAACCCGGCAUGCUACUUCGUGGAGGAGGUCAUCUCCGGCUUCGACGAGACCGACCUUUAUAAGACCUGGGUCCGCACGUCGGCGAUGAGGAGCCCGCGGGAGCGGAACACGCGGCUGGAGAACAUGCCCUAG